AUGGGCAGAAAGAAGAGCCGAAGGAAGAGCAGGCGGAAGCCCAGGAGGAGCAGAAGGAAGACAAGGAGACAGCGGUUGCAGCAGGCGAUGGGCCCCCUGUCCAACCAGAAGGUGCUGACCGCCUUGGUCCAGGCGUCCUUCGAAGAUCUGGACUCCAACCGAGACGGCGUCAUCACCCGCGAGGAGUUCGACGCCUUUGUGGCCAAGGUGAAGGCCGGCCUGGAGGCGGCCGACAGCUCGGGCCAGUCGGCAGAGGAGGCACCGCCCGCCAGCUCCAGCGAGGAGCGCUUGCGCCAGAACGCAGCAGCCACGCUUCUGAAGGCGGCGGAGGAUGGGACGCUGGAGGCGGUGCUGAGCAAGAAGGAACUGCCCGCCAGCUCGAGCGAGGCGCCACAUCAGCGCUUGCGCCAGCACGCAGCAUCCACGCUUCUGAAUGCGGCGGAGGAUGGGACGCUGGAGGCGGUGCUGAGCAAGAAGGCACUGCCCGCCAGCUCGAGCGAGGCGCCGCAUCAGCGCUUGCGCCAGCACGCAGCAGCCACGCUUCUGAAGGCGUCGGAGGAUGGGACGCUGGCGGCGGUGCUCAGCAAGAAGCAGCAGGUUCAGAUGGAUCCACGACUUCAGGCGGAGUGUGAGCACGCAGUGUCCGGCCGGCUGGUAAACACCAUCGUGGCGGACACGAUGCCCCGGCCAUCGCUGUCGGGAGGCACCUCUCCAAUGGUCAGCUCUGCCCAGACGGAGAUUGGCGUGAAUGUGAUCAACACAGCCCAGUGGCGCAAAGUGAAGGCCGAGCUCGAGGCCAAGAUGGAGACGGCGGCUUUGAACAACUGGGUGAAGACCCAGCUUCAGUCCACCUUCGAGCAGGCGGCCCAGGAGGGCAGCGUGGCCACAAUGGAGCACAGCGAUGGGUCCAGGAGAUCCACGCCGCCGGAGGCGGCCUGGCUGCAGGGCCGAGUCCACGCGAGCUUGCUGGAGGCCAUGAAGGAGGACAGCGUGGCUCAGCUGAGCCAAUCAACCUCCCGGGAGCAGACGCCCCCGGAGGCCAAGGCAGAUCGUUGGCUGAAGGACCAGCUUCACGUCACCCUGGAGGAGGCGCUGCGAGAGGGCAGCGUCGCCACGGUGGAGAUGGAGACCGCCCGGGAGUCUGUGCCCGCGGUGGCCUCCGAAGAGUGGCUUCUGCAAAGCUUCCAGCAGGCGGCCAAAGAGGGCAGCGUGGCCACCAUAGACCAAAGCGAUGCCCGCAGCGUCACGCCGCCAGAGGCGGCCUGGCUGCAGAGUCGGGUUCACUCCGGCGUGGUGGAGGCCUCCAAGGAGGAGAGCGUGGCCGUGCUGAGCCAAGCGGAGUCCAGGGGCCAAACGCCACCGGAGGCCAAGCCAGAGUGGCUGAAGGAGCAGCUGAACGCCACCAUGCAGCAGCUGCAGGUCACCAUGGAACAGGCCAUGCGGGAGGGCAGUGUGAUCACUAUGGAGGUCGACAGCGCAAGAGCGGCGCGGCCGGCAGCUCAGGACAGCUGGCACUUCCGCCCGUCGGUGGGGACUUGGUACGGGCUCCAGCCGGUGCAGGAGGGUGCUUCCACGCGCGUGGAGGAAGUGGACCCGCAGCACCAGGCAGCGGAGCAACACGUGGUGGACCAACUCGUGGAGACCAUCAUCAAGGACACGAUGCCCAGUCAGAGUCAGAUGGAGGCGGAUGCCGCACUGAGGGAGCAAGUGCGGCUUACCAUGGACAAGGCAAUCAAGGCGGACAGUGUUGCUACGGCAGAGUUGGAGACCUCGUCAGUGGCGCCUGCGCUGCCUGCCAAGGAGGAUGCUGCGCUGAGGGAGCAAGUGCAGCUUGCCAUGGACAAGGCGGUCAAGGCGGACAGUGUGGUCACCAUGGACCUAGAGACGUCCUCGGCGGGUCAGGCGGCCUCCAAUCUGCUGCAGUUCCCAACCCAGGCACCGGAGGGUAGUGUGGCCACCGCGGUGCAUAGUGACGGCUCCAAGAACGCAAACCCGGAGGCGGGGGAGGUGCGGGAGCAGCUGCACCUUACCAUGGAGAAGGCCAUCAAGGCUGACAGUGUGGCGGAGGUGGAGGUGGAGAGCACGGUGGCAAAUCCGCCAGCCGCUUCCUGGCUGCAGACCACCUUCCAGGAGGCGGUAAAGGGCAGCAGCGAGGCCACCAUGGACCAGCACAGCGAUGGAACCCCAGAGGGGAAAGCGGCGGCCCAGGAGGCUCGGGAGGCUCAGGAGGCUGAGGAGGAUCCUGAGACCGUACAAGAGAGAGUCCAGGAGGUGCUCGAGGAGAACAGCCGUCUGCGCUCAGAGAAUGAGGCGCUGAGGGUCGAGCUGGAGCACUUACUGGCAAUGACUGUGACGCCGGAAGUCACACCGCCGACCACAUGCACCCGGUGA